UGGAGUCCAGGGGGAGUGCAAUGCAGUUAGUGCUGCAGGAGUGACAGUUUCUGCAAGGUCGGGGGAGACUGAUUGGGAAACCGCACACAGGCGUCUAGGGCAUGUGGCUAUGCCAUUGCUGCAGCAACUGCAUAAGGAAGAAGCAGUAAAGGGGCUGAAGCUUUCUAGGCAACCAAAUGAUACCAAUCAAAUGGCGUUGCUGAGAGGGCUAAUAGGACCAUCCUGGAAACUGCACGAGCGCUGCUGAUCGAAUCAGGGCUGGGGAACUCCAUGUGGCCUCAUGCGGUGAGGCAUGCUACAGUGGCAAGGAACCGCGUACUCACAAAGGUGGCUGAUGAUAUGUGGGUACCGCUGGAGAGGUGGCUUGGAAAGAAGCCUCCAGUGGACAUGCUCAGAGUGUUCGGAUGCAUGGCAGUGGCGCAUGUCCCUAAACCGUACAGGACAAAGCUUGGAGCAUCUGCACUGUGGUGUGUGCACCUUGGACUUGCGGCAGAGAGCAAGGGGUGGCUACUCUGGGAGCCCUCGAAGAAUGUGCUGUUUGACAGUCGGGAUGUCAAAUUUGUGGAGAACAUCAUGCUGGUAGCAAAGGGGUUUCAGCAGAAAGAGAAGGAAGAUUACAAAGAAGUGUUUGCCCCAACUGCUAAGUCUCCAACGCUACGUGUGCUGCUAGCGGUAGCUGCUGUGCGCAAAUGGAAGGUGAAGCAGAUGGAUAUCGUAACCGCUUUUCUGUACGGCAUUGUGGAAGAGGAGGUGUAUAUGGUUCAACCACCUGGCUAUGAGGAUGGAACCGGUCGUGUCUGCAAACUUAACAAGGCCAUCUAUGGCUUGAAGCAGGCCCCGAGAUGCUGGUACAACAGGCUGGCCAGUGCACUGGAAGGGAUUGGAUUCCGUGCGAGUGCAUGCGACGAGAGCCUAUUCCUGAUGGGCGAGGGGGAGUCGCUUGUGCUUCUGCUGGUGUACGUGGAUGACAUCCUGCUCUUCAGCAGCAGUGACAAGGAGAUCGAUGGGGUGCAGCGUAAGCUCACAGAGCAGUUCAAGUGCAAGUCACUUGGAGAGGCAAGGUACUACCUGGGAAUGCACAUUGAGCGGGAUACUGAACGUGGCUGGCUCAAGCUGCAUCAGGGACAGUACAUCAACACCUUGGCUGAGAAGUACUCUCUGCAGGAAGAACGGGAAGUGGUUACACCUUUGCCUUCCGAGUUCAAACUCAUAAAGGCAGCUGAAGGAGAAGGAAUGUGCUUGGAUUGUGCAUGACAUCGAGCACAUUCCAACGAGCCAAGAAUUGUUGGAAUCGGAGCACAUAUGAAGAAGCUACGAUGAAAUGU